AUCCGCCUGACAGAAGCCUGACGAAGGCCUGACGGAGGCCUGACGGAGGCCUGACCUGCCUGACCCAGGUUUGACCGAGGUGGCACCGGAGGCGAACCAUGGCUGACGGCGUCGCUGCUGCUGCCAGCCUCACCAUCGGUGACGAGCGGCAGGCGGAAGCUGACGUGGCAGUGACAAUAGCGGACGGGAGUGCUGCAGGCGCGCAGAAAGCCGGCAGGGAAGCGGCGCGCGAUGGGGAGAGUCUGGAAGCGGGGAUGCUGCAGGGCGGGGCGGGGAAGGACUCGAGCCGGGCGGAGCUGUGGGAGGGCGGGGAGGAAAAGAAUGGUGGAAGCCGUGGUGACGCGCGCCAGCAGCAUGGGGAUGCGCCUCAUGGGUGUGGGGACGUGCAGCGCAUGCGCCGGGGGAGCGGCAGCGGGUGGUGGAGGCGGCGCUGGAGACAGUGGAGCAGGACAACGAGGCGGUGAUGGCGAAGAUGCGGGCGCGGC